AUGCAGCUGUUGCUUUAUGGGAUGAUCAAGCAGAGGCCUUUUCAGACAGGGUGGUACAUGGAUAUGGCAACCAAGUAUCCUAUCAACUUCCUCUUUGUUGCCACAACAUCUCGGUUGUUUCAAGGUGAGGACUGGACAGCGCACGAGAACAUUGACAUGACCAUCAAGGCUGCUGACAGCAUCCUCUCCCAAUUCGACCUUGCCCGUCGUAUUUAA